GACAUAUGAUCGUAGGAAUGUUUACAGUGUGUGUGUAUUCGGUUGUGUAGAAGCAAUGAGAGACCUGUGAAAAUUUUGUAGUUUCAUUCGUAUAUUUUCCGGUUGUUAUACAGUAACAAACACUUACAGAGCGAGAUGAUUGCGUUGGAGUGUCGUUUUAGACAAGUAACAGGAUUGCUACUUCGUAGAUGUUAUGCGAGCUGGUUUGGGACCUCUGAGAAGGCUACCGAAUAUGGAAAUGUUGUGGACGGCUUGAAGACUGUGUACAGCAUGAAGUUAUUGCCUCUGGAAAAGAAAUAUUUAUUUCACGAAUUUCAUUCACCACAAUUAUUCGAUUCGGACUUUGCUGCGAAGCCCCUGAUACUCCUCAUGGGCCAGUACUCGACUGGUAAAACGACAUUCAUUCGGUACAUCUUGGGCUCCGACUUUCCGGGUAUGAGAAUCGGCCCGGAGCCUACGACGGACAGGUUCGUAGCUGUCAUGCAUGGCAGUGAAGAGCAAGAAAUACCAGGGAAUGCAUUAGUUGUAGAUCCGAAUAGACAGUUUAGGCCUCUGGCAAGGUUUGGCAACAACUUUCUGAACCGAUUUCAAUGUUCACUGAUAAAUUCUGAUGUUCUGAACUAUGUCUCAUUUGUGGACACACCAGGAAUUUUAUCAGGUGAAAAGCAGCGCGUGAAUAGAGGUUACGAUUUUGACGGUGUUUUACACUGGUUUGCGGAACGUGUCGAUCGAAUAAUUUUAUUGUUUGAUGCAAAUAAGUUGGAUAUUUCUGAUGAAUUCAGAAGGUGCAUAGAUAUUUUGCGUUCACAGGAUGAAAAAAUUAGGAUUGUUUUGAAUAAGGCAGACCAAGUGAAUCAGCAACAGCUGAUGAGAGUGUAUGGUGCUUUGAUGUGGUCACUAGGAAAAAUUCUUAACUUCCCAGAAGUAGCACGUGUUUAUGUAGGUUCAUUCUGGGACAAACCUCUUCUCCACGAUGAAAACAGAAGGUUGUUUGAGGAUGAAACAAGGGACCUUUUCCUCGAUUUGAGAUCACUGCCGAGAGAUGCGAUACUGAGGAAAAUUAAUGAUCUGAGCAGACGAGCACGUCUUGCAAAAGCACAUGCUUGUAUCAUUGGAGAAUUACAGCAACAAAUGCCUGCCUUCUUUGGUAAGGACAAGAAGAAGCAAGAGCUCAUAGACAGUCUCCCACAGAUUUAUGCCACACUACAAAGCAAGUACAUGAUAUCAGCUGGAGAUUUCCCAGACAUAGAAAAAAUGAAGGUCUUGCUGAACUCUGCGAACUUUGACAGAUUUGAGGGUAUAACACCCAGUCUCCUGAGGUCUGUCGAUGACAUGCUGGCGAAAGAUAUAUCUAAGUUCAUGUCAAUGUUGGCAGCAGAGAAAAUUGAAGAAGAAAAAUUGGGAUCCAAAAAAUUUAUUCACGGUGGUGCAUUUGUGAGUGUCGUCGACACAGAAAAUCCGUUCAGUGAGAGAGAAGGUAUCAGGCAAGGCUUAGGAGAAAAGGAAUGGGUUGUUGAAAAAUUUCGGAGCCAGUAUGAUGACACGUUUGAUAAUCUGAAGCCACAGCACGGAAAGCUGACAAAAACAGAUGUGAAGGACGAACUACGGAAGUCGAAGCUUCCGAGCCAUAUCUUGAACAGUAUAUGGUUACUAGCAGAUGUGGACAAGGAUAAUAUGCUCGACAAAGACGAAUUUGCUUUGGCGAUGUAUCUCGUGAGGUUGAAGGCAGACGGUCACAAUUUGCCUGAAAUAUUGCCAGAACAUUUGAUACCACCAUCGAAACGUUUAGCAAACAAUGUUGAAAGCAGGGUAGAAAUUCCAAACAAAAUCUAACUGUGAAAAAUAUGCCAGUAUUGAGAAGCAUUACUGUGUUCCUAUUGUACAAAGGAGUAGAUGACUGUGAGAAUUAUUUUGUAAGAUUGUUUGUGAUCAUUGCUUUCUGUAAACAAAAUCUAAUCUGGUUGUACCCAAUGUAAAAUGUUAUCCCAGUUUCUUUGCUGAAAUUCUCACAGGUUUGCUAUGUGAUACUCAAUUGUUGACAAAUUAUGCUAUCUGUGAUUGAUGUAAGUAGCUACUUAAAAUUUCCUGUUGUUAUGUGUUUUUGUAACAUAUAAAAUUUUUCAGCUGUUCCUUAUUCAGAGAAUACUUGAGAUAAUCCCACACUCAUUUGAUGUGUAGCAAA